CCGUUUAUGAUGCACCAGUAAAACGAUAAGCACAAUACAAUUAACAUCAAUUACAAUAUUAAAAUUAAAAAAUUGAUUUGAUUCGCUCGCCCGUUUCAAACGAAGAACAGAUUGAAAAUUAUUAUAGAGUAACAAACAGACUAUAAAAACAGCUGUGAGUGGAAACAAUUUUAGUGAAUAAGUUUCGCAUUUGGACUCAAUUAUUUGGAAAUGUUAAGCGGGAAGAUACUUUUGUGCGUUGUUAUUUUAGCUGCGUUGCGGCAUUCGCAGUCAGCCAGUAUCCCGCUAAUACCUUUCCAAGUGGGCGAUGACAAUGAGAUCAGACACACUCCCCCCGAGAUCAGGAUACCGGUGGAGCUGAUGAGGGCCCGGGUGCGGGAGGGGGUGCCCCUCCCCCUGUGCGUGGGGAGGUGUGUCUCUCCCCCCACAGGACCAGUCUGUGCGUUUGAUGCGACGGGAACGGCCAGGACUUUCGCUACGUUGUGCGAGUUGGAAGCGGCAUCGUGUCGUGAGAGCACAUAUUACGCCAUCACGAGCUUGGGCGAAUGCUGACUGCCAAGAAAUUGAAGUAACUUAUAAAAUGCCUUAACAAUAGUGUUAAUAGGUACUCCCUAGUACAGGAAAAUAUGAUCAACAUUACUCGUAAAUAACUUACAAUUAAUCUGAGCAAUACAUUAAACUCAAAGUCAUUAGAACGACCUGCAAAGUUUAGAAAAUUCAACCAUAUGCAUUAUUUUUCUACUGAGUAUAAAUAAAUUCUAAUUUUACUAUAUAAGUACGGAUAGCAGCUUAGAAACCUGACCCUUGCAUCAUUUACUCAUAGGUCAGUUUUAAUGUUAACUGUAUCUUAACUAAAUGUAGGUAAUAACUAAAACGAAAUACCUAAGUACUAGACCGUAAGUACCUAUAAACUAUCGAAAUUGUGUAAGAAAAAGUUUUUAUUUAGUUUUAAUGGUUCGGUAAAACAGUUCCUAAAUUCCAAAUUUUUUUCAUAAAGUAUGAACCGGAUUUUCUUAUUUAUUUAUGUUUCAUUUCGGCACGUUUAAGUUGAAAUUUGGUCCCGGGAAAUUACAAUAAUUAAAGGAAAUCACUCUCAAUCAUGUAAAUAUUCAUAAAAUCAAUCGAGUAGUACUCGUAAACCUUUUCAAUUUACUAAAUGUUCAAUUGUUUCGACAAGUUACAAAAAUCUUUGCUUACUUAAUAAUCAAACUAAAUAAAUAUUAAGAAAACUAAAUAUUUAACCAUUUUGGGUUAUUUUCACCAGUUAAACCCAUUCGGAUUACAAAUACAUUAUUUUAAAGUAGGUAGUUAUAUAAAACCCCCUAAUCAAAAACAUAUCAACAUACCCAGUGUCAUUCUCGCAAUUAUAAAAAUAAUUUGACGAAAUUUUUGUCUACAAAUACUGCUUCUGACGCAGUUGAUUCAAAAUUAGUUUCACGCAACCAACAUUGCUGAUCUUAAAAAUGUCAAUAAAAGCCAGGACUCAGUAAUACAUCUAAUUUAGUGAUUAUUAUUAUUGUAGUUAUGUCAAUACGUAAAGGUAGUUGCGCAAACUUCUAACAAUGUUAAUUAAGUUUUCUGCUAAGUUUUAAUCUUAUUUAUUGUACAAAGUACGAAAAUUUUCAUACCAGCUAAUGGUAUUGCUGUUGUUGUCAUUAUAAAGGACAAAAUAGCUUAAUAAAAUAUAUUUUAAAACUUC